GCCCCCGUGCACGUGUCUCUUAGGCGACCAGCGGCGCUGAUGGCGGUGUGGAUUAAGAGCAUGGGGCGGCCUAACAUUCUGCUCACCGGUACUCCGGGCGUUGGGAAAACCACGCUUGGAAAAGAACUAGCAUCAAGAGCAGGGAUGACCUACAUUAAUGUGGGUGACAUAGCAAAAGAAGGAGGACUGUAUGAAGGUUUUGAUGAGGAGUAUGAAUGUCCCAUUUUGGAUGAAGACAGGGUAAUUGAUGAGCUAGAAGAUAAAAUGAGUGCAGGUGGUGUGAUUGUUGAUUAUCAUGGCUGCGAUUUUUUCCCUGAACGAUGGUUUCAUGUAGUGUUUGUACUUCGUACAGAAACUGUAUUUCUGUAUGAGAGACUUCAAAGCAGAGGCUACAGAGGGAAAAAGCUGCAAGACAAUAUUCAGUGUGAAAUUUUUCAGACACUUUAUGAGGAAGCUAUUUUGUCAUACAAAAAGGAAAUCGUGCACCAGUUACCCAGCAACACUCCUGAAGACCUAGAGAGAAAUUUGGAUCAGAUUAUGCAAUGGAUUGAGCAAUGGAUGGAGGAGAACAAUUGACAUUUGAUUAAAAAUUAACAAUUGGAUCUCUUCCUGGGAGGGUUUAAUAAAUGGCAUUCACAGUUCUCAUGUGAUAAAUUAAAAUUAAUUUCAUUGUAAUAUGAUAUGGCUAGGAUUGAGAAGAUGGUUCAGAACAGCCAGGCUUAUAUGGCUUUGGAACAGCUUCCAAAGGACUCUGGGAGAGGCACACAGAAUUUGUGAAAAUACAUGAAAGUAUGUGAAAACAGAUGAAAAUUCAGAAGUACAUGAAAGGAUGAAAGUGAUGUGGCUGCCCUUAGUAGCACAAACUGAGAGUUGUUUGGUGCUUAGAAUUAAAACCACACCUUUCCCCCUUGGACUCCCAAGAAAGCUGUAAAAUUCUGAUAAGUGAUGGCAAUUGAGUAGCUUUUAAUUUCUGAAAGGUAAAAGACUGUCCUGAGGAAGAGUUAAGCUGCUUCUCAAUUGUCAGGCUAAAACCUGCUAUAGCCUACACUGUUCUUGAAUGUAAGGAUGUUAGUGUAG